CCAGGGGGGAGAAAGACCCACUCGCCCAGAUCUUCGCCUCCAGCCCCGGAGCCCGCGACCCCUCCCCAUUCCCAGCCGGGGAGUGGAUUGUCAAAUUCUAUUUUUCCCCCCGCUAAAUUUUUGGUGGUGGUGGCGGUGGGCUGGGGGAGGGGAGCCCCGGAGCCCGCCCUCUCUCCGCCACCACCCCCUUUCCUCGGCUCCGGGAGAUGUGCCGGGCGGGGGGCCCGGGGACGAGAAGCCGCAGGAGAGAGGAGAGGACUGGCGAGGAGAGCGAGCCGCCCCGGGACAGGCUGUCUGUCUGUGUCAUCCUGUUCACCUGGUGAUGCGGGGCAAGGCCCCCUAUGCCCACCUGUUCUCAGCCAUGGCCCGCCUGGCCCCUGCCCUCUGGAGUCUCUGUGUCACUGCUGUCCUGGUUACCUCAGCCACGCAAGGCCUGAGCCGAGCCGGGCUCCCCUUUGGCCUGAUGCGCCGGGAGCUGGCGUGUGAGGGCUACCCCAUCGAACUCCGAUGCCCGGGAAGCGAUGUCAUCAUGGUGGAGAAUGCCAACUAUGGGCGCACAGAUGACAAGAUUUGUGAUGCUGACCCCUUCCAGAUGGAGAAUGUGCAAUGCUACCUGCCCGAUGCCUUCAAGAUCAUGUCCCAGAGGUGUAACAACAGAACGCAGUGCGUGGUGGUGGCCGGUUCUGAUGCCUUCCCAGACCCUUGUCCUGGGACCUACAAGUACCUGGAGGUGCAGUACGACUGUGUCCCCUACAUAGAAGUGGAGCAGAAAGUCUUCGUGUGCCCUGGAACUCUUCAGAAGGUAUUGGAGGCCACAUCUACACAUGAGUCAGAGCACCAAUCAGGGGCAUGGUGCAAGGACCCACUACAAGCUGGGGACCGCAUCUAUGUGAUGCCCUGGAUCCCCUACCGAACAGACACGCUGACCGAAUAUGCAUCAUGGGAGGAUUACGUGGCCGCCCGCCACACCACCACCUACCGCCUGCCCAAUCGUGUGGACGGCACAGGCUUUGUGGUCUAUGAUGGUGCUGUCUUCUACAAUAAGGAACGAACUCGAAACAUUGUCAAGUACGACCUACGGACGCGUAUCAAGAGUGGGGAGACGGUGAUCAACACUGCUAACUACCAUGAUACCUCACCCUAUCGUUGGGGGGGCAAGACAGAUAUUGACCUUGCAGUGGAUGAGAAUGGGCUGUGGGUCAUUUAUGCCACAGAAAGCAACAAUGGGCGGUUGGUGGUAAGCCAGCUCAAUCCCUACACCCUUCGCUUUGAGGGUACUUGGGAAACAGGCUAUGACAAGCGAUCAGCCUCUAAUGCGUUCAUGGUUUGUGGCGUCCUCUACGUGCUGCGUUCGGUGUAUGUGGAUGACGACAGUGAGGCUGCUGGCAACCGAGUCGACUACGCCUUCAACACCAAUGCCAACCGAGAAGAGCCCGUCAGCCUGGCAUUUCCCAACCCUUACCAGUUUGUCUCCUCAGUUGAUUACAAUCCCCGUGACAACCAACUUUACGUGUGGAACAACUACUUUGUGGUGCGCUACGGUCUUGAGUUUGGACCACCAGACCCCAGUGCUGGCCCAGCCACUUCACCUCCCCUCAGCACGACAACCACAGCCCGACCCACCCCGCUGACAAGCACAGCCUCACCCGCUGCUACCACACCUCUCCGGCGAGCCCCCCUCACUACUCACCCUGUGGGUGCCAUCAAUCAGCUGGGGCCUGAUGUGCCACCUGCCACAGCCCCGGCUCCUAGCACUCGAAGACCCCCGGCCCCGAAUCUGCACGUGUCACCUGAGCUGUUCUGUGAGCCCCGGGAGGUUCGGAGGGUCCAAUGGCCAGCCACCCAGCAAGGCAUGUUGGUAGAAAGGCCUUGCCCCAAGGGCACACGAGGAAUUGCUUCCUUCCAGUGUCUACCAGCCCUGGGGCUCUGGAACCCCCGAGGCCCGGACCUCAGCAACUGUACUUCCCCCUGGGUCAACCAAGUGGCCCAGAAGAUCAAGAGUGGUGAGAAUGCAGCCAACAUUGCCAGUGAGCUGGCCCGCCAUACCCGGGGUUCUAUCUACGCUGGGGAUGUCUCAUCAUCAGUGAAGCUAAUGGAGCAGCUGCUGGACAUCCUGGAUGCCCAGCUGCAGGCUCUCCGGCCCAUCGAGCGUGAGUCAGCUGGCAAGAACUACAACAAGAUGCACAAGCGAGAAAGGACCUGCAAGGACUAUAUCAAGGCGGUAGUGGAGACAGUGGAUAACCUGCUUCGCCCAGAGGCCCUGGAGUCAUGGAAAGACAUGAAUGCCACAGAACAAGUGCACACGGCCACCAUGCUGCUGGACAUCCUGGAGGAGGGGGCCUUCCUGCUAGCUGACAAUGUCAAAGAACCAGCUCGAUUCCUCACUGCGAAGCAGAAUGUAGUGCUUGAAGUUACUGUGCUGAAUACCGAGGGUCAGGUACAAGAACUGGUGUUCCCCCAGGAGUACCCCAGUGAAAACUCUAUCCAACUUUCUGCCAACACCAUCAAGCAGAACAGCCGUAACGGGGUGGUGAAAGUUGUCUUCAUCCUUUAUAACAAUCUGGGCCUCUUCCUGUCCACGGAGAAUGCCACAGUGAAGCUGGCAGGUGAGGCAGGCUCCGGGGGCCCCGGGGGAGCUGCGUUAGUGGUGAACUCUCAAGUCAUUGCAGCCUCCAUCAACAAAGAAUCUAGCCGUGUGUUCCUCAUGGACCCUGUCAUCUUCACUGUGGCCCACCUAGAGGCCAAGAACCACUUCAAUGCCAACUGCUCCUUCUGGAACUACUCAGAGCGUUCCAUGCUGGGCUACUGGUCGACCCAGGGCUGUCGUCUGGUGGAUUCCAACAAGACCCAUACCACCUGUGCCUGCAGCCACCUCACUAACUUUGCCGUGCUCAUGGCUCACCGUGAGAUCUACCAAGGUCGGAUCAAUGAGCUGCUGCUGUCUGUCAUCACUUGGGUGGGCAUCGUGAUCUCCCUUGUCUGCCUGGCUAUCUGCAUCUCCACCUUCUGCUUCCUUCGGGGGCUACAGACUGACCGAAACACCAUCCAUAAGAAUCUUUGCAUCAACCUCUUCCUGGCUGAGCUGCUCUUCCUUGUUGGUAUUGACAAGACCCAAUACGAGAUCGCCUGCCCCAUCUUUGCGGGGCUGCUGCAUUACUUCUUCCUGGCAGCCUUCUCUUGGCUGUGCCUGGAGGGCGUGCAUCUCUACUUGCUGUUGGUGGAGGUGUUUGAGAGCGAGUACUCACGCACCAAAUACUACUACCUGGGAGGCUACUGCUUCCCAGCCCUGGUUGUGGGCAUCGCUGCCGCCAUCGACUAUCGAAGCUAUGGCACAGAGAAGGCCUGCUGGCUCCGAGUGGACAAUUAUUUCAUCUGGAGUUUCAUCGGCCCUGUCUCGUUUGUCAUUGUGGUGAACCUGGUGUUCCUCAUGGUGACACUUCACAAGAUGAUCCGUAGCUCCUCCGUGCUCAAGCCUGACUCUAGCCGUCUGGACAACAUCAAGUCUUGGGCCCUGGGGGCCAUUGCCCUCCUCUUCCUACUGGGUCUCACCUGGGCCUUUGGCCUCCUCUUCAUCAACAAGGAAUCGGUGGUCAUGGCCUAUCUCUUCACCACCUUCAAUGCUUUCCAGGGGGUCUUCAUCUUUGUCUUUCACUGCGCUCUGCAGAAGAAGGUGCACAAGGAGUAUAGCAAAUGCCUGCGCCACUCCUACUGCUGCAUCCGACCACCCCCUGGAGGCACGCAUGGCUCCCUCAAGACCUCUGCCAUGCGCAGCAACAACCGCUACUAUACGGGGACCCAGAGCCGAAUUCGAAGGAUGUGGAACGACACUGUGAGGAAGCAGACAGAGUCAUCCUUCAUGGCUGGAGACAUCAACAGCACCCCAACACUGAACCGAGGCACCAUGGGGAACCACUUGCUAACCAACCCUGUGCUGCAGCCUCGAGGUGGGACCAGCCCCUACAAUACCCUCAUUGCUGAGUCUGUGGGCUUCAACCCCUCCUCACCCCCUGUCUUCAACUCCCCAGGGAGCUACCGGGAGCCCAAACACCCUCUAGGAGGCCGGGAUGCAUGCGGUAUGGACACCCUUCCACUCAAUGGCAAUUUUAACAACAGCUACUCCUUACGAAGCGGCGACUUCCCCCCUGGGGAUGGGGGUCCAGAGCCACCGCGAGGACGAAACUUGGCUGAUGCGGCUGCCUUUGAGAAGAUGAUCAUCUCGGAGCUGGUGCACAACAACCUCAGGGGUAGCAGUGGGGCAGCCAAGGGUCCCCCACCCCCCGAGCCCCCGGUGCCACCAGUCCCAGGUAGUGGUGGGGAUGAAGAGGCAGGGGCGCCCGGAGGGGCUGACCGGGCUGAGAUCGAACUGCUCUACAAGGCCCUGGAGGAGCCCCUUCUGCUGCCCCGGGCCCAGUCGGUGCUGUAUCAGAGCGACCUGGACGAAUCAGAGAGCUGUGCGGCUGAGGAUGGGGCAGCCAGCCGACCCCUCUCCUCCCCUCCUGGCCGGGACUCGCUCUAUGCCAGUGGGGCCAACCUUCGGGACUCGCCCUCCUACCCGGACAGUAGCCCAGAGGGGCCUAGUGAGGCCCUUCCUCCACCCCCUCCAGCCCCACCUGGUCCUCCUGAAAUCUACUACACCUCCCGCCCGGCCCUGGUGGCCCGGAACCCCCUGCAGGGCUACUACCAGGUGCGACGGCCUAGCCAUGAAGGCUACCUGGCUGCCCCGGGCCUGGAGGGGCCAGGGCCUGAUGGUGAUGGCCAGAUGCAGCUGGUCACCAGCCUCUGAGGGGCCCCAUGGACUCAGAGGGCUAGGUGGCCCAGUGCCAGGGGAGGGGGACCCUGGGUAGGGGAGGACUUUGGGGGAUCGAGGGUGAACUAAACGGAGUGUGAGACAGGCUGUCCUCUCCAUAUGUACCCCUCACCUAUGGGCCCUACCAUUCCCCUUUUAGGGGACUCUGAGGGGGCAGGGUCCCUGACGUACAGGGUACACAGGAAUUCCCGACAGCCACAUGCACCAGCUGUUUUGGGGGAGUGUUGUGGGGAUAAGCUGAGGGUCCCCUGAGGGUAGAUGGGCAAGAAGUUGGAGGCACACAGUCCCUCCUAGAAUUCCCUGCCCAGGGGUAAAGCGGUUGCCAAAACCCCACUUUGCCAAACCUUUCAGUGGCUCCUCUCUGCAGCCAGAAACCUUGCAGGCCUCACCCCAAGGAAGAAUUUCAGGGCCAAGGACAGAUGGACAGCCUUCUGUGUAUCCUCCUACUCCUCUGAAACUGGGGGUUCUAGCCCAAGGGAAAGCCAGGGAAAUUGAGGGGUGCGGCUGGAGGUUUAAAUGCUGAACUUUCUUCUGAGCCAACUACCCCUCAUUCCCUCCCUGGAAGCAAGCCUGCUCUGAGCUCCCCCCCAAGACUGUACCCACUGACCCCCCCAGGGUGACUCCUGACUAAGCACAACCCCCCAUGGGGCCCCUAGCCCAUGGGGGUGACCCCUUGGGGGGGGCAGUUCCCAGCUUUGUGGGCUCAGAUCUCUGGGGAGUAGAUUCUGGGUCUGGAACUCUCCCUGGAGCGGGGGGCCUCUUUACCCUUCCCCUCCUCUCCCAUUGCUGUAAAUAUUUCAACGAAAUGGAAAAGAAAAAAAAAUUACAAAAAAAAAAUCUCAUCACUUGAAGCCACUGGGAGCCCACAGCCCAGGCCAGCUCUGGCUCUCCACCAACCAGAGCACCUCCCCACCUACCUGCCCACCCACCCACCUACCCACCCAGCAGCCAAGACUUCUCUCUGCUUGUGCGUGCAUCCUGGCCAGGUUGGAGUGGGGGCCUCCAUGGCAGCUUUUUACAAUCAAAAGACAGAAAAAAACAAACAAACAAAACAAAAACAAGAAGCAAAAGAAACACAACCUUUUUUCCUUCCUGGCACCAUGUUCCUGUCAUUUCCCUCUGAAUCCAGCCCCUAGCAUCGUCUCUCCUGGGGCACGUGUUCCGCCGCCUGCUCCAGGAAUGGGGACCCAUUUUCCUUUCUUCGCCCCUCCCUCCCUGCCAAGGGGAGACCCUUCCAACCCAAAGAUGCUUUCCUGAGGUGGCUACACCAUCUCUUUAAGUUCUGUUAACUGCAAAUUGCUUCUGGGCCUCAGGACCAGCAGAGGGAUAAAGGUGUCAUUUUUCUGUCUAAAGGGGCUAAUGGAAGAGUUAAAAAAAAAAAAAAGAAAGAAAGAAAAAAGGCAAAGGCCCCCAGUCCCCA